UGAAGACUUCAUUUCUUAUCGUUUUUGGUCAAAUGGACCAGUUUUGAACAGAAUGGUGCGCAAUCAGGACACAAAUGGACAAACCAGUGAACAGCCAAAUGGCACAGAAACUCCCGAAUACGAAGGGAUCAACGGCGACCAGUGUCAAAUCGAAGCUCCUCGCAAUCCAUCACCACCCCCAGAUGUCGCAAAUCUCCUGCCAGAUAAGAUAGGGAACACAACUUUCAGUAAAAGAGCAGUUCUGAGCACUUUGAUGCACAUCGCCUCGUUAGUGCAUGAGCGUAGUUUAGUGAGCCAGAGUCAAGAAGUGGCGACUUCAGUGAACAGAACGGAGGAUGGAGAGCGAACUCCCCAGAAAGCGCAAAUAGAGCAACCUGCAACAUCUUCGAGGAUAGUAAAUAACUACUCAGCGUUGACCGCAAAAUCUGUAUCAUUCAGUGCCUCCAAUUUGAAUUUUUCUCCUCUCAAAACAGCGAUACGAAGCUUCUCCCCGGUGAAUGAAAACAUCUUUAAAGCUACUGACCAAACUCCUAAGGGCACGCCUAACUCAUUCAGGUCUAAAUCGAUCUCUUUAGCCAAGGCAGCGGGAGUGAGUUUCUCGCCUUUCGAUUUCACGGGCUUCCCUGUAUAUAAAACCAAAAGGCCCAAAAAUGAUUCGGUAAGUAGCAAUACCCGAGAAGCUAAAUGGUCACCUGACACGCCGAACAGAGACCCCACGGAAGCCGAAUCCGAAGAACGGACGGACGAGUCCCGUGACGACGGUGAGCCGAGUGAGGAGUUUGUGUUCUCGGAUGAACUGGAACAAGAGUAUUGUGAACUAGUUGACAUGACGGUCGAGGCAGAUGUGGUUGAAUAUAUAUACGAAGAAAAACUGAAUGAAUUGCUGCAAUAUAUUCUGUUUGCGACUGACGUCCCAAGAAUACAGGAGUUGACACUUUCAAUAUUCGCCAACUCUUCGUGCGUGUCCAAGAUAUGUCUGAAGAUACUCACAAACGAUGCCCUACUGGACAUGGUGUUGGCCAUACUUCAUAUAAGCUCAGAUGCUGAUGUACUAACCGAAUCAUUCCGGUUGUUAAUCAAUAUUCUGAAUUAUUAUAUUGGCCCUGAUGAAAGUGAAAAAUUGACCAAAAACGUCAUUUCGAAAAUUAUCUGCUACGACAUCCAUUCAAUUGUUUUGUUUAUUUUAGAGAACAGUUUAAACGAACUUUUACUUCGACAAGUUGCCGAGUUUCUUGUUACUUUAUUGUACGAUUUCGAAGAUGAAAUUUCCGAUUGGUUCUCAGCUGGUUUUACCUCCAAAUUAGGAAACCUUUCGUUGCGGCUAACAGGCGAAGUGGAAAAAUUCAACUUACUGAGUUCUGUUCUAGACUCGACUCACGAGCCACGAGUUCAGACGUUGACGAACUUGCUGAAAAUUAUGUACCGACUCACGAAAAAUAUAUCUCUUAUAACUUCCGUUUUAGAUAAUUACACAGUUAUUGUAAAUGUUUUGGAACCACUAUCGAAAACAGUGUUGAAACUAACGGGAAGCUGGAUUUCUGAUCUCUGCAACUUUCUUCGAUUUGUUGUCGGACUGGCUUUCGUGGUUGUUUUCUCUCAUGAAGAGUCAACGCAAAGUGCAAUUUUACUUCAGUGCCCAAGUUUAUGUAGAUUAAUCAGAAUCUUAGCUACUGUGAACAAAACCGACAUUGAAAAUGGCGUUUCGAAUAUAAAAGGAGAAGGAAACGAAAAAUCAGCGACUUUGGAUGCUGUAAAAAGUAUGUCGCGCUUAUUUGUCGAGGAAUCGAAAACUCUUACUGAAUCACGACCCGAUUUACUGUGCAGUUUUGAUGCAUUCGAUGGAAUGGCAGAGCAGAUCCAAGAGUAUCCCCCCAAUCAAUAAAACUAACUUAAAGCAAAAAGUUAACGAGUUUAUUUUGUAAUUGUUGUGAUAAUUUGUUGUAGUAUUUCAGCUUGAUAGUUAAAAAAUAAAAAAAAUUGGUACAAA